AGUCAUGUUAGGGACAGAAUAGUAAUUAGAUUCACUAAACUGGCUAUAUAACCGCCAGCUAUGUGAUUAGGCAAGAGGAAAUAGAGAACCAAAAUCUCAAUUCCUUUAGGUGCGGAAAAUUUUUUUUGAUUAAAAACCCUAAUUUUUCUGUUUUUCUUUGUGUGGGGAAUGCAGAGAGAUGAUAGGUUCUCUGCUAACCAAGAGUGAACUGUGUGGCCGUGCAAAGCGGUGGAUCGGCGGCAGAAAUUGCCACCGGAAACACGUCGAGGACGGGUGAACCUUUUCCAAUCCAGCCACACAGAUUCUCUUCUAUCUGCUUAAUUUUUCUUAGAUUUAUAGUUUCCGUUUCUCACACCUCCAAAUCUCAUAAUUCUCUUUCCUUUGUAUAUACUUUUUAAAUUCUGUUGAGAAUCGAAUAUAAGAAUGACAGAAAGAACAAGGGACGGCGGUCACUCGACCUUACUUCACGGCCGGUACGAGCUCGGCCGGAUGCUUGGCCAUGGCACAUUCGCUAAAGUCUACCACGCGCGGAAUUUGCAGACGGGGAACAGCGUGGCCAUGAAAGUUGUUGGAAAAGAAAAGGUGAUAAAAGUAGGAAUGAUGGAGCAAGUUAAAAGAGAAAUUGCAGUUAUGAAGAUGGUGAAACAUCCAAACAUCGUCGAAUUACAUGAAGUCAUGGCUAGUAAAUCUAAGAUCUAUUUCGCCAUGGAACUCGUUCGAGGCGGUGAGUUGUUUUCCAAAAUUGCUAAAGGUCGGUUAAGAGAAGACGUCGCUAGAGUUUAUUUUCAACAAUUGAUCUCCGCCAUUGAUUUUUGCCAUAGUCGCGGCGUUUAUCACCGUGAUUUGAAACCGGAAAAUCUUCUUCUCGAUGCAGAUGGGAAUUUGAAGGUCACUGAUUUUGGUCUCAGUGCUUUUUCAGAGCACUUGAAACAAGAUGGCCUCUUACAUACUACAUGUGGCACGCCGGCGUAUGUUGCACCGGAGGUGAUUGGUAAGAAAGGUUAUGAUGGAGCUAAAGCAGAUCUGUGGUCUUGUGGUGUAAUUCUUUAUGUACUUCUUGCUGGAUUCUUGCCAUUUCAAGAUGAUAAUAUAGUGUCCAUGUAUAGAAAGAUCUAUAGAGGUGACUUCAAAUGUCCUCCAUGGUUUUCCUCUGAAGCUCGGAGAUUAAUCACGAAACUUCUUGAUCCAAAUCCGAGCACUCGAAUAACCAUUAGCAAGAUAAUGGAUUCCUCUUGGUUUAAAAAAUCCGUGCCGAAAAAGGUUAGAACCAAAGAGGAGAUGGAAUUCGAUGCAUUUAAUGUGGAAAAUGGUGAUAAAUCGAAACAGACAGAGACUCUAAAUGCUUUUCAUAUAAUAUCUUUAUCAGAAGGAUUCGAUUUGUCACCUUUGUUUGAAGAGAAGAAGAGAGAAGAGAAGGAAGAGCUGAGAUUUGCCACGACAAGGCCUGCAAGCAGUGUGAUAUCGAAAUUAGAAGAGGUGGCAAAGGCGGGGAAAUUCAGCGUGAAGAAAAGCGAAACGAAAGUGAGGAUGCAGGGUCAGGAAAGUGGAAGGAAAGGGAAAUUGGCGAUUGCUGCUGAGAUAUUUGCUGUUACGCCGUCGUUUUUGGUGGUGGAGGUGAAGAAGGAUAAUGGUGACACUCUCGAGUAUAACCAAUUCUGCAGUAAAGAGCUUAGACCGGCGCUUAAGGAUAUAGUUUGGACCUCUCCCGCCGAUAAUCCUACGGUUGCUUGAAGAAGAAAUCGGGGAGAUUAUGAGAUUUGGAGGUGGUGGGGUAAACUUAAUUAAAAUGAUUUCUUAUUGAAUUGUAGUAGUUGUUAUUAAUUGUUGGUGUUGAUAAUGUUUGUGAGAUUGUUGUUUGGGCCAUUAAGAUGGAAAUUAGAACAUGGACAAUCUGGUUGUCUUUAAAUUUUUAGUUGGUUUGGUUUGUGUGAUAAUAUUAAUAUGGUGUUUGCGUAGUAGUAAAGAGCAUGAUCACCAUCCAUUAUUAAAUCUUUGUUUCUUUUACAUCACCUUUUUAGCUUUAGCUAGUUUUGGCUAUUGGUGAUAGCUUGAAUUUCAUUUCUUUUGUCCUUGUAAUUUUUAA